UCAAGUCGAGAAUUAUUAUUCGCAAUUAAUUUUAAGUUUUAAGUAUGCUCAUCCAUCAGUUAAAUGUGUUUAACGUGUUUUGUUUGUUUUGUUUGUUCUGUUCUCAGGUGACUAACGAAAGCUCGCUGGCAAGGUACAACAAUACCGUACAUAAACAUGGCCUCAUUACGUCAACGCUUGGUCUGCAGUUGACAGUUGAACCAAGUCAUUUUCAUGACGGAGCAAUGCGUGUCAAAUGUUUGGCUAGCAUAUCGCCGGUGCUGUGGAAAGGGAAUAAGGAGAGUGUUUUGCAGCGACGACCUGGAAUCAUAAACAAUAGGGAAGCCAUGCUGUUAGUACGGAGUGCAACUUCAAGUAUCCACCAAUGGAACAAUCUAUCGUGUUGGCGUCUACUUACAAUCACUGCAAUAUUAACGAUGACUUGUCAAUUACUUCUACGCAGAGUCUUAACCUAAAUAGCUGAAAUUGUAUUUUAAUUCCUUUCGUUGUUAAGGGAACUUAAGUAAGGACAUUUAAAAAUUUA